AUGACUGCGAGCCCUUUUGAAAUAAUUUUUGCUGUGCCAAUGGAAUGCAAAGCCUGUGUUGACUCCAUUGCACAAGCACUUUCUCCGCUUGACGGAAUCACCAAAUUUGAUAUAAAUUUAGACCGCAAUCUUGUCAUUACUGAAGGCACACUACCUCCAAGUGCAAUUGCGAGAGCUAUUCAGGAAACAGGAAGAGAUGCGAUUAUACGAGGCACGGGCAAACCAGACACUGCCGGCGUCUGUAUUUUGGAGUCAUUUGACCCUAAGGAUAUCAAACAACCAGUUAAGGGAUUGGCUCGUAUUGUGCAAGUGUCGAGCGAGGAUAGCAUUAUUGAUCUCACGGUGAACGGCUUACCUCGAGGAACUUAUUACCCUUCGAUUCGAGCUACUGGCAACCUUUCUCGUGGUGCUUUAUCCACGGGCUCAUUAUUCUACAAGUUGGACCCAAUCAAUGUUGACGAGCCGGCUAACCAACUGACUACAAUCAACUCUAUUGGCGCUGUUACCAUUAGCAAUAAUAAGGAAGGGGAAUUUUUUUCCGGCCAAUCAUUCCUACAUGCCAAGUUGAAUGUUCCUGAGCUAAUAGGGAGAAGUAUUAUCUUGUCAAAAUUGGAGAAUGAAAUCUCACCUGACUCCUUGUGUGGUGUAAUUGCUAGAUCUGCAGGUGCAUGGGAAAAUGAUAAGCAAAUAUGUAGCUGUAGCGGAAAGACUGUAUGGCAAGAGAGAACAGAUGCCAGAUCCAGAGGUGUUGCAGUUUAG